AUGUUGCCAGUGACUGAUGUUCGCUUUGAACAUUAUCAACCUCGCAAUACUCUGGGUGUUCAAGACGCCAGGCCACGGAUAUCUUGGAAGAUCCUGCAUGACGAUACUUGCAGCACUCAAAAUGGCUACGAUGUCGAGUUAACCAGAUACGGGCCGAGUCAGGAAGUGCAAGACGUGUCUAUGGCAAGUCACCAGUCGCGGCAAAACAUCCUGACUGAAUGGCCAUUCAAAGAGUUUCUUGAGUCUCGUGAACAUGUAUCGAUUCGUGUUCGAGCUUGGGAAGAACAAGGACAGAAAACUGCCUGGAGCGAGCCUACUCAUCUUGAAGUGGGACUUUUGCAUCGGUCAGACUGGACAUGCCAACGAAUCACCGCACCGUGGGCUCAAAAGAGCACACAAGCUGGCCCUGAGGAUUUGUUCCGCAAUCAAUUUGUUCUUCCCAACAAACCUAUUAAAGCGCGACUUUAUAUCACAGCCCAAGGUAUCUACGAAGCUGAGAUCAACGGGCAGCGUGUCGGUGAUCAUUUCCUAGCUCCGGGGUGGACAUCUUACGAUGGACGACUCCAAUAUCAGACUUAUGAUGUUAUUUCGCACAUAGUUGCGGGUGCAAACUGUAUUGGAAUAAGAGUUGCAGAGGGCUGGUUCUGUGGCCGUAUUGGCUUUGAAGGCGGACACAGAAAUAUAUGGGGUCCUCAUACCGCUCUUCUUGCUCAAUUGGAAGUCACUUGCGCCGAUGGACAGACUUGCAGAAUAAACAGCGACGGCUCCUGGAAGGUGACACAAGGUCCGACUCGACUCGCGGAGAUAUAUGAUGGCGAGAAAUAUGAUAUGACAAAGGAGGUUCCAAACUGGUCGAUGGUGUUGGAUGAAGAAAGCCCGAAAGGCUGGACUGAUGUACAGACGCUUACAUUUCCGCCUGACUCUACUCAACUUACGUCGGGCUUCGCAGAGCCAGUGCGUCGGGUUGAAACCAUAAGUCCUGUCAAAGAAAUAACGACACCUAAUGGGAAACUGGUCCUUGAUUUUGGCCAAAACAUCGUCGGAUAUUUGCGUCUUUCGGGGAUCAAAGGACCCAGUGGACACAAUAUUACCCUUCAACAUGCUGAAGUGAUGGAGAAUGGAGAGCUUGGUAUUCGACCCUUGAGGAUAUGUCAAGCAAAGGAUGAGAUCAUCCUUAAAGACUCACUUGUGGAGCUAUCCUGGGAGCCAAGAUUUACUUUUCACGGAUUCCGGUACGCCCAGAUUGAUAAUUGGCCAGGUCCACUUGAUCUUUCUUGUGUGGAAGCGGUGGUGUGUCACACUGACAUGAAACCCGCUGGUCACUUCUCAUGCUCGGAUCUGUUACUUAAUAAACUAUACCAGAACAUCGUUUGGGGCAUGAGAGGAAACUUCCUAUCAGUACCAACUGAUUGUCCUCAAAGAGAUGAACGACUUGGCUGGACCGGAGACCUGUCACUCUUUGGCCCUACCGCAUGUCUUAUUUAUGACUGUUUUGGCAUUCUUAAGAAUUGGCUGGUCGAUCUUGAACAUGAUCAGGAUGUCCUUGGUGGUGUUCCGCCAAUGGUCAGUCCAAACGCCACUCUCCCAGAUCCUAUCUGGUGCAGGAAAGUGCCAUGCGCCAUUUGGCAUGAUGUAACGAUCAUAGCGCCAUGGGUUCUCUAUCAGGAGACUGGAGAUAAGAGCAUCUUGACUCAACAGUAUAACAGCAUGAUGAAAUGGAUGACAAUACUCCCAAGAAUGAAGUCAGGGCUCUGGGAUCCCGGACCCUUUCAACUCGGUGACUGGCUCGACCCAGCAGCACCGGCAGACCGCCCAUGGAAAGGUUCAACAGACGCUAAAAUGGUGUCAAACAUGUUCUUGCUACAGAGCUUAGAUCUGAUGAGUAAGAUAUGUGGCUUAUUAGGGAAAAAGCAGGAGCAUAUCCGAUUUGAGGAGGACUACCAGGCUACACGAGCCGAAUUUCAGCAAGAGUACGUUACGCCUAGAGGGCGCAUUGCCUCAGAUUCACAGGCUGCAUAUGCAUUAGCUAUCUGUCUUGACCUCCUUGACCCAACGCAAAGAGUACGAGCGGGAGAUCGUCUUGUGGAGCUCGUACGUAAGAACGAGUUUAAAGUGGGCACAGGGUUUGCCGCCACACCGUUCCUGUGCGAAGCCCUUGCAUCAACUGGUCAUUUACAAGUUGCAUAUACGAUGCUACUUGAAAAGGGCUGUCCUUCGUGGCUAUACCCUGUAACUAUGGGUGCUACUACGGUCUGGGAGAGAUGGGACAGUAUGUUGGAGGACGGCUCUAUCAACCCAGGGGAAAUGACGUCGUUUAACCACUAUGCGUUUGGCGCUAUAGCGAAAUUUAUGUAUGAGCGAGUUGCCGGGCUACAGAGGCUUGAGCCUGGAUGGAGGAAGGUUCGUAUCUCUCCUGCCAUUGGCGCCGCCUUUUCCCGAGCUUCUGCGUCACAUGUCUCUCCCCAAGGCACGAUUUACUUUGAGUGGGAUACCCAGGUUGUUGACGGGAACCACGAAAAAUUUGUGAUCCGAGCUAAAGUCCCCCCAAACACUGUUGCAGAGAUUGUUCUCCCGGGCGUGGUAAAGGAAGAAGUAAAGGAGGUUGGUUGCGGGGAGUGGUUUUUCACAUCAUUGUUCAAAAGAGAGUAUGAGUGGCCAGUUCUGCCGCUGCCAUCAAAGUCAUAA